AUGAUCGUGUUGUGGAUUACACUGCUUGUUCUUCAUCAAGGAAAUACACUCAUUCCAGUGAACACAGUUCAAAUUGGUGAAUCCACAACCUUCACAUGUGCUCUGUCUAAUACUGAUAUCAGGAAUGGACAAGUCCACUGGUUCAAGCAGAGUGUCAAAGAAAAUCUGAAACUAAUUGCGACUCUGCUGAGAUCUUCAGCACCUAAGUAUGAACCAGAGUUUAAUAACUCAAGAUGGAAAGUUAAGAAUGGUGACAAUUUUAGCAACCUGACUAUUUUGAGGACAAUCUCAGCGGACGAGGGAAUCUACCACUGUGCCGUCAUUGAGUGGCUUGUCGGAUCUAAAUGGAGUGGGGCAUACUUGAUAGUAAAAGGAGACAGUCAGAAGACAUCAGACUACACUGUUGUUCAGUCCACAGCAUCACAUUCAGUCCAUCCAGGAGAAUCACAGACUCUCCAGUGUUCAGUCUUCUCUGACUCUGACAAGAAAACAUGUUCAGGAGAUCUGAGUGUGUUCUGGUUCAGACCUGGAUCAGAUAAAUCUCAUCCAGACAUCAUCUACACUGAUGGAAACAGACCUGAUGAAUGUGAGAAGAGAUCUGACACUCAGAAGAGCUGUGUUUAUCGCUUCUCUAAGACCUUCAACUCCUCUGAUGCUGGGACUUACUACUGUGCUGUGGCCACAUGUGGACAGAUACUGUUUGGAAAUGGAACUACUCUGACUAAUGGUAUGAUUUUAUCACAAUAUGAAGCAAUUGCUCUGGUCGUAGCAAUAACCUGCUUGGCCAUUUCUGUGAUUGUGAAUAUCGUUUUCAUCUGUAACCAAACUUCAAGAGCAGCACAGGAACAAUUCACAGGAAUAGAAUUCACCUCAUCACAAGCAAGACAUGACAAUUUGAGCCAACCUGUGGUUGAUACUACUGAAGGUGGACAUGAUCUGAACUACGCCGCGCUGCAUUUCUCUGGAAGGAAAGCUGCACGAGGAAAGAAGAAGACGGAGUUGAAGACUGAGGAAAGUGUGUAUUCUCAAGUUAAAUGCCAAAUGUGAAUGUGUCUAUGAAAACCUUUGAUCUGUUUUGUUUUUUGUUAAAAGACAAAAUCUUAAUCCCAUCAGUGUGCUGAAGCUUCACUGGUGAAAUGGAGUUUGACAUGUUGACAAAGCAGCCUGCUGGCCGACUGUGUUCCUUGAGAUG